UGGGUUUACACUAGCAAGUCGCUUGCAGAAUUUAUUGCUGCAAGUUAUUACGAUCCGCUUGCAGCUGUGUUUACACUACAACGCAAGAAUUAAGCAAGAUUCUUCCGCAAGUUCUUUGGCAAGAAACUUGCGUCCACAAGUUGCAGAUACUGUUUACAUAUGCUUUCAGUACCACUACGAGUGUCUGCCGAAGUAUAAAAUGACAAGUAGGCGUGUGAGAUAUGCUGCAGCUCUUGUAAUUGUAAUGAAAAACGUGAAAAAGAAAAAGAGAAGUAUUUGGGUUAGAGAGUGGAUAAUGAGAAGAUCGCAAUAUGGUGCCUAUAAUAACCUUUUGCAAGAACUUAGUAUCGAGAGCAUGGAUACGUUUGAAAACUUUUGCAGAGUGUCCUCAAAUGAUCUGGAGUGUUUGUUGACAUUAAUAGCGCCCGUCAUAUCAAAACGAGACACAAAGUUCCGUACUGCUAUUUCAGCAAAGGAACGUUUGCUUGUCACUCUACGAUUUAUAGCUACAGGAGACUCAUACAAGUCCCUGAUGUACUUGUUUCGUAUUCCGGUCAGCACGAUUUCUAUGAUCGUACCUGACGUAUGUAGAGCCAUUUUUGACGUAUUGAAAAGGGAAAAUUAUUUGAAGACUCCUGGAACAACAAGCGAGUGGAUGCAGGUGGCAAAGGGGUUUGAAGAGAACUGGAACUUUCCACACUGCAUUGGGGCAUUGGAUGGGAAGCAUAUUGUGAUGCAAGCUCCAAAAGACAGUGGAAGCUGUUAUUAUAACUAUAAACAUUGCCACAGUGUUGUAUUAUUGGCACUUGUAGAUACCAGUUACAAGUUGUUAUACAUGGAUGUAGGCUGCAAUGGAAGAGUUUCAGAUGGUGGUGUAUUCAGUACCUGUUUCUUAUCUUCAGCCUUGGAGCAAGGACAUCUUGACAUUCCUCUGCCCAAACCACUUCCUGGCAGAGAAAAGGACACCCCCUUUGUAAUCAUUGCAGAUGAUGCAUUUCCAAUGAGGUCAUAUUUAAUGAAGCCCUAUCCAUUCCAUAACCAGCCGGGUCCGAACAGAGUGUUUAAUUACAGGUUAUCGAGGGCCAGAAGAGUUGUGGAAAAUUUUUUUGGACACAUUGCACAACGGUUUAGGAUAUUGAGGCGUCCAUUGUUACUAGGUCCUGAAAAAACUGUGACAAUAGUUUCAGCUAUAUGUGCCCUACACAAUUUCUUAAUGGACAGGAAAGAUGGCAGUUAUGCAAACCGAAGUAAUUUUGAUGUAGAGGAUGUACAGAAUGGUGAGGUAAUAGGGGCCUCAUGGAGGAAUGAAGAGCAAGGAACACACAAUUUAAUCCCCAUUCAAACAGGGCAAUGUAACAGAAAUUCUCACGAUACUAGAGCAAUUCGUGAAGAAUUCAUGAAUUACUUUGUAUCGCCAUUAGGUGAAGUACCUUGGCAGUACAGAUACAUUUAAAAUGUAAACUGUAGACUUGGAAAAUAUAUUUGCUGCCUGCGACUUAUCAUUUAUAGCCUUACCAUUAAGUCAAAUAGUGAUGUUCUUUUCUGUGGCUGGCUGCCCCAGCACUCAUUUCACUACAUUCUAUAUGGCCCUAAGCAUGUUUUUGGAGUUACUGAUUUCUGACAUUACAUACACGUUCCUGGACUUUAUAGUAAAGUUUCUCAGUAAUUUUGAGUAAUUUUCUUUUAACGUGCAACUGCAGGACCAGUUGAACACUUGUUUACUUAAUGUUAAAUUGCAAAGAUUGGCUGCAGUGAAAAGAAGUAUAAAGCCUAUCAAUAUCUGCAAAGAAGCGUGUUAGUAAGUAGUGAAAUUCAGUUUAAGAUCAGAAGAAUUGGAGCUUGCACUACUUGACAAGGGUUGUGCCUAAUUUUGUUCCACAUGGCCAUAAUGUAUGGGCACUCAAUGUAAUUACAGCUGCACAGAGGAUAGAACAUCAUGUGUAUGGUAUGCUGUGGUGCAGUAGGGUAUUCUAUGAAAUCGACUAUUAAUGAAUAAUAUAUUUGCAAAUUAACAAUUAUGAUGAACGGACAAGGAAUCUUCUAUAGUUUGGUUUCUUUACAGACCUUAUCUUACCUUUGUGUAAUACCUUUAAAUUGUGAACUGUGUGUUUUGUAUGCUUAUUCCAUUACAACCCUUAACACAUUUUUAGAAACAGGAGAAUAUUCAUUCAUAUUCCAUUUACAUUAUGGCGCUCUUGUCUUGUAUAAAAUCUCACAUUUGGAGAACUGUAUACUAUUUUAUUUAUAGAAAUUGUAGAUGUAGUCAGUGACAGUACAAAGUGACAUAAUGGCACUGGCCCAACUGCAUUUAAGUUAUUUGAGGAAUCAAAAUGUAAACAGGUUCCUCCAACAUUACUGCAAAUUGGUAUUCACAAUACUUGGCAAUUUAUGUUCACUAUUUUGUUCUGGAAGGUAGCAAUAUGUAGGCAAUGUUUUUUAUUGGAGGAUAACAUGGGAAAUGGCAGCUAAUAUGUCUGAUAGACUAUAUUUGACAUGCAACCAAACAUUUCAAUUUUGAAAUAAACUAUAGUCUGCACAAUACAAUUUACACAAGGAGCUGUGCAGGCCAAGAAAGGAUCACAACCUACCUUUUAGUUUCUUCACAAAAAUUCUUUCCUUAAUUGCAGUUUUGAAAAUAACUAUUCUGCAUAUAACUUUCACUAGGAGAUCCAGGUCAGGUUAGGAAUUGAAACCCACUUCGUUUCUUUACAAAAAUCCUUCCUUCAUUGCAAUUUUGAAAUAUUUUGCACAGUACAAUUACAGCUUCAACAGAGUUGUGUAGGCCAAGAAACUAAGCACAACCUACCAUUCAGAUUCUUUAUGAACUGUCUUUCAUUUGUUAUUAAUAUAAUCUUACAUUUGUGGCUAAUUAUUUUGGCACAGAAUUAGAAUGCAACUACUACUCAU